AUGGCGAAAGCCGUGUCUUGGAUCCUACUUUUUUUGGCCAUAGAAGUCCAAUUGUGCCCCGAGGUCGAAAUGUGCCCAGCCUGGAGAUACGGGUUCGGAGCCGUUGACUCCAAGGAGCGCGGCGGGAAUGACAUCUUGCCUCGCUGUUACGAGUUGGGAAAGACCGGCUUAAAGAAACAGCAACAGAAGCCUGCCGCAGGUCUACGGAUAACAAAACUUCCGUUUGAAAGUCCCGCACGGCGAGGUAAGCCUACUUCGCCCACCAACUUGACGGCGACUUUUUUUUUGGGGGGGGGGAGGUAGGAAAUAAGUCUGUCCUAUUGAAUAGCUAUAUUCCCCCCCUCUGCAGCCUCCUGGCUUUCCCCUUCAGAUCAAGGCUCUAGCCUUCUCUUCUCUCGCUCUCCUUCCCCUUGGGUUAGUGGUGUAGUGGAAUAGGGAAGGGGGGGGCACGGGGCGCCGGGACAAUGCUCUUCGCUCCCGGUCUGCUCAUUGAGAAAACUCUGCACGCCGAACAAAUUAGCUUUUCUCUUAAAGAUAAUCCACUAAGGGCCCGUCUAUACCUCGUCUUAAUGUGGAUUGUGAACCCCUCGCUCUCACCUUCUUUAAUUCAGUCUUAUACACUCGGAGCCCCUGCUGUCCCAUAUUUCCUCCUGCCUGACUCUGGAGAUUCCCUGCGCUUUGCAAAUUUAGGAGCGCAUCUUACAUAAACGACUAAAACAAUAAAAUCAUCAGUAAAACCAGCUAUUUAAAAGAAUAAUAAUAAUAAUAAUAAUAAUAAAUUUUAUUUAUAUCCCGCCCUCCCCAGCCGAAGCCGGGCUCAGGGCGGCUAACAACAAUAAAACAGUACAAAAGUACAGCAUAAACAACAGUCUAAAAUCAUUCGUUAUAAAAUUAAUUAAUUCAAGCCACUGGCAACCAUUGGGCCAGAGCUCCGCGAAGAUUGCUGAGGGAGGGAGUCAGGCUGUGCCCUGGCCAAAGGCCUGGUGGAACAGCUCUGUCUUGCAGGCCCUGCGGAAAGAUGUCAAGUCCCGCAGGGCCCUGGUCUCUUGUGACAGAGUGUUCCACCAGAUCGGAGCCACAGCCGAAAAAGCCCUGGCUCUAGUUGAGGCCAGCCUAACUUCUCUGGGGCCUGGGACCUUCAAGAUGUUUUUAUUCGAAGACCGUAAGUUUCUCUGUGGGGCAUACCAGGAGAGGCGGUCCCGUAGGUACGAGGGUCCUAGGCCGUAUAGGGCUUUAAAGGUUAAAACCAGCACCUUAAACCUGAUCCUGUACUCCACCGGGAGCCAGUGCAGCUGGUAUAGCACCGGGUGAAUGUGAUCUCGCAGCGAAGACCUCGUAAGGAAUCUCGCUGCAGCAUUCUGCACCCGCUGGAGUUUCUGGGUCAGUCUCAGGGGCAGCCCCACGUAGAGCGAGUUACAAUAAUCCAGUCUGGAGGUGACCGUCGCAUGGAUCACAGUGGCUAGGUCAGGGCGAGAGAGGUAAGGAGCCAACUGCUUAGCUUGGCGGAGAUGGAAAAAUGCCGCCUUUGUUAUAGCUGCAAUCUGCGCCUCCAUGGAAAGGGAGGUGUCGAAGAUUACACCCAAACUCUUAACGGACGGUGCUGGCACUAAUUGCGCCCCGCAAGAGAUGGGAGUUGCCACCAAUCCCAUAUCGCCCCGUCCCAGCCACAGGACCUCUGUCUUCGAAGGAUUUAGCUUCAACCGGCUCCCACGAAACCAUCCAGCCACAGCUUCCAAACAUCUAGUCAGUGUGUCUGGGGCCGAGUCAGGAUGGCCAUCCAUCAACAGAUAGAGUUGGGUGUCAUCGGCAUACUGAUGGCAACCCAGCCCAAAACUCCGAACAAGCUGGGCGAGGGGGCGCAUAAAGAUGUUGAAAAGCAUCGGGGAGAGUAUCGCACCCUGAGGUACUCCACACACCAAGGAGUGGCGCGAUGACAAUUCCCCCCCAAGUGCCACCCUCUGUCCCCGACCGGAGAAUCCAAAAAUAAUUAAGAUCCACAAUAAGCUAAAAUGACUGGCUGGGGGAAAUGGGAUUUCUGCAACUAUAGUUGACUAGCCUUUUCUUCUGUCAUGGAUGCUUUAGCUAAGAUUUCUGCAUUGGAGGGGUUGGACUAGAUGACCCUUGGGGUCCUUUCAACUCUGAUUCUAUGACUUUUCUGUUUUCCAGGUUCCUUCCCGUUUUUCACUCUGCUGGCCUCUGUCAUAUUAGCUUGGAACACCUUCUGCCAUUUCAGGCUGAGAUGCUACCGUCGCAGAAGAGACCUCCGGGAUGAGGACACAUUCGAUGAACCCCUGGAGCAGAUUCAGCUGGACUCUCCUCCACCACACCAUCUCAUUGACAUUCCUCCCCCUUACAUUGCAGGCCCUCCUCCCCCCUAUUUUGAAGGCCCCCCUCCUCCCUAUGUUGAUGGCCCCCCUCCCUCUUAUGAAGAAAGUCAAUCACCAUCUAAUGUUGGAGCCUCUGCGUUUUUUGGGAAUCCACCCUCACAAAAUCCCCGCCUAGCUUAUGUGCAGUAUCGUGUACGUCGUCCUGUAAAUGGAGAGAAUGGGCCUGUCAUGUGGCUUAUCUUGCAAAGAGAUGCUGCUGGGAAUGUUUCAGCAUCAUAUCUGGAAUCCGAUUCUGAUUCUGAUGUUGAGCGCUGA